AUGGGACGGGAACUACAGAAGAAGAAAAACAAGUCGAGCUUGCCCCGGGCGACGCAGAAGCGCAAGUCCAAGAAGGCCGUCUUGACGAAUCCGCUCAUCGCGGCGAACUGGGAUGCCAAACAAACGUUAAGCCAGAAUUACCGUCGUCUAGGAUUGGUGAACAAACUCAACCGAGUGACGGGUGGUGUCGACCGAACCCCAACCGCCGGACGGGACGCUGCAAACAUCCCGAUCCAAAACAAUGGCAUGGCCAUCAACCCGAAAGCUCCUUCAUCCGGGCCACUCCGCGAAGCCAAAGUCGAGCGCGAUCCGGAAACGGGCCAAAUCCUCCGUGUCAUCGAACCCCGAGCGAACCCGCUGAACGACCCCUUGAACGACCUCGAUUCCGACGACGACGAGCCGAUGAUGGCGUCCCAGCAUGACCUCCGAUCGUCCAAACCCACCGGCAACACCGCGGUAGUCGCGGCGUUGGAGGCGGCGGCGGCGGUGGAAGGGAAGAAGAAGAAGCGGUCACAGUCGGAGCGCGAGCAGGAGUGGCUGGAGGCGCUGAUGCAGAAGCAUGGGGAGGAUUACCGCAAGAUGUGGAGGGACAUGAAGUUGAAUCCGAUGCAGCAGAGCGAGGGUGAUAUUCGGAAACGAGUGGAGAAGUUGAAGCGGUCACAGCAGGGCAUAUGA